AUGCCCUCCCACCAACCAAGGCCGCAAUGGCUACUUUCCAUCCUGUGCCUCAUGAUGGCCUUCUCCGGAAUCGCUCAGGCCAGCAUAGGAGACUGGCUGCCCGAGUUCCGGGAUUGCGUGCAGCACUGCACCAGAACGAAUUGUGAAGGCGACAAUCAACUCGGCAUCCCCCUCCAACAUCGCCUCCUCCUCUGGACAUGUCCCGCGGAAUGCGACUACACCUGCCAACACAUCACCACCGACACCCGUCUCGCCCGCGAUCCACCCUACCUCGAACCCAUUGUCCAAUAUCACGGGAAAUGGCCCUUUCACCGCUUCCUCGGCAUGCAAGAACCCGCCUCAGUCCUCUUCUCCCUCUUGAACCUCCUCGCUCACAAUCAUGGAUUGUCCCUCAUCCGCGCCCAGAUCCCCUCUCGAUAUCCUCUGAGGAAAUACUACAUCAUGUUUGGCUACUUUGGCCUGGCGAGUUGGGUGUUUAGCAUCAUCUUCCACACCAGAGAUUUCAAGACGACGGAAAAGCUGGACUAUUUCGCGGCGGGAGCGAGUGUCAUGUAUGGCAUGUACUACACUCCCAUUCGUAUCUUCCGAUGGGAUAGACCGGAGAAUUUGUCGGGAAGAUCCGGGACGGUACUGAGACUGUGGACAAUGACAUGCGUCGUGGCAUACCUGCUCCACAUCUCCUACUUGGCCUUUAUCCGCUUCGACUACACUUACAAUAUGGCUGCCAACGUCGUGCUGGGCCUGGCACAAAACAUCAUGUGGACUUGGUUCUCCGUGCAAAGAUACAGAAAAGUGGGCAGAGUGUGGGCCGCAUGGCCAGGGUUGAUAGUGUUUUGGUUGUUGUUCGCCAUGAGUUUGGAGUUGUUUGAUUUCCCGCCGUGGUGGGGAAUGGUAGAUGCRCAUGCGUUGUGGCAUUUGGGGACGGUAGGCCCGACUAUUUGGUGGUACAACUUCUUAUUGAAAGAUGCGCAGGAAGAUAUACAGGGUGAGAGACUCAAACAGUGA